CUGGAAAAAAAUGAUUUCUGGUAAACUGUAGUCCUAACAUACGGCACAAGGAAGGUGAUGUUGUUCCCUCUUGGAGAAAUGGUUGGUAUCAGGAGUGUAGAUGGAAUGUCAAUCAGCUGCUACACAAUCCGCUACAUCAUUAUAUAGUCCUGGUCUGAGCUCUGCGCUCUUGUGGUUUAAACAGAGCCAACAGACAUCUUACGGAACACGUUUGUCUUCAAAAUGUCUAAGACAGAAGAAAAAGACGGAACUGAAAUCACAGCAGACGAAAUAAAUCAUUUAGAAAUGUCUAGGGGAGAAAGACCAGAACCGUCUGACUUUAAAUUCAACUUUUCGAAAGCAAGGGACAUGUUUGUCUUGGAUGAAGGAGGAAACAAAAUAAAAUUCGGAGAUAUCUAUAAACAUCAGAAAACGAUAGUUAUAUUCUCAAGGCAUUUCCUGUGCUUUAUUUGUAAAGACUACAUUGAAGAUUUAGCAAAGGUACCAUUAGAAUUUUUACAGGAAGCUGGUGUAAGAAUAGUUGUGAUUGGUCCUGCUCCCAAUAAAUUUAUACAGUCAUUCAAAAAAGAAACAGGAUAUAUGUAUACAAUGUAUACCGACCCUGAGAGGGAACUCUACAAUGUCCUUGGUAUGAAAAGCAACCCUCAGUUUGGAAAAGGAUCAGGAAAGAACAAGCACCUUAAACAUGGCAUGAUAUCAGGAAUUUUGAGUAGUACAUGGAGAGCUAUGAAGUCUCAGGAAUACCAGGGUCAUGUACGGCAGCAAGGGGCAGAGUACAUCCUAGGACCAGAUGAGGAGGUCCAUUUCAUGCAUAUUUGUGAAAAUUCCACAGACCAGACUCCAAUUAAUGAACUUUUACAGAUUGCAGGUGUCAAGCCAGUUAGCUUUCCAAAAGAUAAACCAAUCAUUGAUGUUUAAAUAUGAAAAUCAAAAUUCACCUAUGUGUUCAGAUCAUGUUAAAACUAGUAAUACAUGUGUAAUGUCUUGACAUCAUCACAUGCUGAAGAACAGUACAAUUUAUUAUGUUAUAACUAUGUUUCUGAAUGAAACUACAGAUCUAUUUAUUUUAAGACAUUAUUUUUUAAUAUUUAUUCAUUACUCAGUGACCUAGCCAGUGUUUUUAGUUAGCAAUUGUAACAAACUUUUCAACUCCAAAACUUUUUCAUUAGUAUUUAAUCAUGUGUAUGUGUGUGUGUAUUUAAGCCUUGUAAGAGGAACUUUGAUAUGCAGAUUUUUCUAUAAUGAUAUUGUACAUUUUGAUUUUAAUUUAUCAAUCAAAUCUGCAUUCAGGGUGUGUUAAAUUGUGAUACAUACUAAAAUAACUUUUUACAUAUUUUGCAUUUAUCAUAGAAGUUUACAUGAUUCAGAUCUUGUUUUGUAACAGUUUUGAAUGCUUUGGGAGCAUUGUAACAGUAAGUUUGAAAUGAAUUUACAAAUUUUACAAACAUUUUAAUAAAGAGGUCAACAUGAAAUUACUUGGUCGGUUUCUUUAAAAAUGAUAGUGAGUUUUCUCCCUUUGUAAUGUUUUACAUAUUUAUCUAUGACUGUUAGUUUUCUGAAUAAAUAUUUGUACUUUUGA